CAAGAUUAUUGACUGUUGUUGAAUGAAUCGGGUCUGAUAAAGGGAACUUUGUAUCAAGGACUCAUAUAGCAAACUGCCCCAAGUAGCUUGGGAUUGAGGCGUAAAUGUUACAGCUGUAGGUGAGUGGUGUUCUAAAGGGGCUAGCUUUGCAAAGAUUAGAGGCCAUAAGUUGGGAGGCAAGUGAGGAGACUAUAAUUCUUCCGUGUGCCAUGUGUUGUUGACAUUCUUUCCGCUUUUUUGAUGUAUACUUUCCAGUAUCUCAGCUCCAUGACUGAUGUGUGUCUGAGUGGUGUGCUAAAGGGGUUAGUUUUGCAAAGAUUAGAGGGAUGUUUAGUUGGUGACAGGCGAGGAGACGAUAAUUCUUCGAUGUGUCCUGUGUUGUUGACAUUCCCGUUGUUUUGAUCUAUAUUUAUAACUAUCUCAGCUCGAUGUUUGUCUGGUUGAGAAUCCAUUUUGUGUUUGUUAAUACGAGUGUAGUCAUGGCAGCAGAAGGUUCUCAGUUUGAUGCUCGUCAAUUCGAUGCGAAAAUGACAGAGCUGCUUGGUACUGAACAACAGGAAUUCUUCACAUCAUAUGAUGAGGUCCACGAGAGUUUUGACGCCAUGGGUUUGCAAGAAAACCUUUUGAGGGGCAUCUAUGCCUAUGGGUUUGAGAAGCCAUCUGCUAUUCAGCAAAGGGGCAUUGUUCCCUUUUGCAAGGGCCUUGACGUUAUCCAGCAGGCACAAUCUGGAACUGGAAAGACUGCAACUUUCUGCUCUGGGAUCCUCCAGCAGCUUGAUUACAGUUUAGUUGAAUGUCAGGCUCUCGUUCUUGCACCAACUCGUGAGCUAGCGCAACAGAUUGAGAAGGUUAUGCGAGCACUUGGCGACUAUCUGGGUGUCAAGGUUCAUGCUUGUGUUGGGGGUACCAGUGUCCGGGAGGACCAGCGUAUCCUUCAGAGUGGUGUUCAUGUUGUGGUUGGUACUCCAGGCCGUGUUUUUGACAUGUUGCGCAGGCAGUCUCUUCGCCCCGACCACAUCAAGAUGUUUGUAUUGGAUGAAGCUGAUGAAAUGCUCUCUAGAGGUUUCAAGGAUCAGAUUUAUGAUAUCUUCCAGCUUUUGCCACCAAAAAUCCAAGUG